CUUUUUCCCUCUGUCUUUCAGAAUGCAACCCAUGAGAUUGGUGAGGAGGUGGAGGACGGGGUGGUAUACACCAUCACCCUGCGGAAGGUGCAGAUGCUCCACCACCGCCACCACGUUGGUGGCAGCGGGGCCGUUAAGGGCCAACGCUGGCUAGGUGUGGACGCAUCGCUCAGCCUGUAUGAGACGUGCAAGGUGCGCACCAUCAAGGCAGGCACGCUGGAGAAGCUGGUGGAGUACAUGGUGGCGGCGUUCCGGGGCAACGACUCCACCUACGUUACCAUCUUCCUCUGCACCUACCGCUCCUUCGCCUCCACCAAGCAGGUCCUGGACCUGCUGCUCAACAGGUAUGCCAAGCUCCAGCACCUGCCUGGCUCAGAGGGCCACAGACUGACUCAUGAUGAUCGCACAGAUCUGAGGAACACAAUAUCCUCCAUCUUGGGGGCAUGGCUUGACCAGUACUCUGAGGACUUCUGGAAUCCUCCGGAGUACAGCUGCCUGCGACGUCUCAUCUCCUACCUGCACCUCAACUUCCCGGGAUCGGACCUGGAACGCCGCGCCUGCAACCUCCUGGCCCACUUCCACCGCCGGCAGCUCCAAGAGCCCGAGAUGCUGGGUCAUGGCGGCUAUCCUUUCACCUUAUUGGAGGAGAAUGGCUACGAGGAUGACCGACUGGACUUUCUGAACUUUGACCCGGCGGUGGUGGCCGAGCAGUUCACCCUCAUGGACGCGGAGCUCUUUAAGAAGGUGGUUCCCUACCACUGUCUGGGGAGUAUCUGGUCGCACCGGGACAAGAAGGGCAAGGAGCAUCUGGCACCCACCAUCCGUGCCACUGUCACACAGUUCAACUGCGUCACCAACUGUGUCAUCGCCACCUGCUUGAGCGAGCGUUUGCUCAAACCUACACAGCGGGCCAAACUGGUGGAGCGCUGGAUCGAAGUGGCCAGGGAGUGUCGAAUCCUGAAGAAUUUUUCUUCGCUGCGGGCCAUCCUUUCUGCUCUGCAGUGCAACCCGGUCCACCGGCUGAAGAGGAUGUGGGAUGAGGUGUCCAGGGAAAACUUUCGCAUCUUCCACGAGUUGUCAGAAAUCUUCUCAGACGAAAAUAACCAUUCGCUCAGCAGAGAGCUGCUCAUCAAGGAGGGCACGUCCAAAUUUGCCACCCUGGAAAUAAACCCCAAACGAGCCCAGAAGAGACAGCAGCAGCCCCGAGACCUGAGUGUGAUGCAGGGGACCAUUCCCUACCUGGGUACUUUCCUGACAGACCUAGUCAUGAUGGAUACUGCCAUGAAGGACUACCUGGACGGAGGGCUGAUACAUUUUGAGAAGAGGAGGAAGGAGUUUGAGGUGAUUGCCCAGAUCAAGCUUCUGCAGCUGGCCUGCAACAAUUAUAACUUCACCCGCAACAAGAGUUUCCGACAGUGGUUCUCCGGUGUGGACAAACUCACUGAGGCCGAGAGCUACAGUCAGUCGUGUGAGAUCGAGCCGCUGUCGGCGUCGGCCUCAAAUACUCUGAAAAAGAAGAACACAGGAAUCAUCAAACGCUGGAGCGAUCGCCAGCCGGCCAGCUCGGAGCCAGGCUACUGCAGUGCGGGCAGCUCUCACUCCAAGUCCUUUGACCAGCUGCGCUACGCCCCCUGCUUGGGGGGCUCAAGUGGAGGUGGAAGGGGUGACGGAGCAGACUCCCUGAGCGUCACCUCAGCCGGCUCCAGCAGCUCCGACGUCGAGGAGAUCAAUAUCAGCUUCAUCUCCGACUCGCCUGACGCCCACGAGCGAAAGACCUCCACGCCUUCCGUAAAACAUUCCAAUUCCACGUUAGGGAAGUGCGGCCCCUUGCCUGACCUGGCACCCACGUUCUGGGAGUCCACUUCUCUGUCCUCCUUGGACGCCUCUGGUGUGGGAUCUGGCUCGGGCUCCAGCAGCGCCUCCUCCUCCUCCAUGUCCUCCACGCCCGUGGUAGGGGCCGGCUCCCGCUCGCACAAGCGCUCCGUGUCGGGUGUGUCCAACUACUCGUCGCUGUCACUGCCCCUCUACAACCAGCAGGUGGACGAUUGCUGCAUCAUCCGGGUCAGCCUGGACGUGGACAACGGCAACAUGUACAAGAGCAUCUUGGUGACCAGUCAGGACAAGACGCCGGCGGUGAUCAGGAAGGCCAUGGUGAAACACAACCUGGACCGGGAGAGAGCGGAGGACUACGAACUGCUGCAGAAGAUCUCUGAGGAGAAAGAGCUGAAGAUUCCAGACAAUGCCAACGUUUUCUAUGCCAUGAACUCCUCGGCCAACUACGACUUUGUCCUGAAGAAACGUGGCUUCCCCAAGGUGGGCCGGACCAAGCAUGUGGCCAGCUCCACACUGCCGCGCAUGAAGCAGAAUGGCCUGAAAAUCGGCAAGGGCAUCUUCUGAGGGGCUACACCAUGUCCUCGCCCACCUCCCGCUUCCUGCUGGGCUCUCUGGGUGCCACCUUUUAGUACCACCCUUGAUGUACCAUGGUAGAGGGGCCAGCCGCCAGCUCGGUCUUGUGUUCGCCGUCUGAGCGUCAAAGCCUCAGAGGACUAAUACAGCUGAGUGGGAUGAAAGCCCUAUAGGCCAAUGAACUUGCACAAAUCACUUCCUGUUAGCUUCAGCUCUCUGUGGACGUCCUAAUCGAUAGUGAGCACUCAAGAAGGAAAACUGAGGGGAAAUGGUAACUGCAUUUUAUCCAGGUGCGUCUGAAAAUGCCUUCCCUCUAAAGGAGUUACACUCCCUGUCAUUUCUACAGAACCCUCCCUCAGCCGAUGCAGCGUGUGUGCGUGUGCGUGUGUGUGUGUGUGUGUGUGUGUGUGUGUGUGUGUGUGUGUGUGUGUGUGUGUAAAGUAUUCAAGCACUCAGAGAAAGAGCGAGAGAGAGAUGGAAACAUGAAUGUUGUAUUGUGAAAUGAACCGUGGUCUUUAAAUGUCUAGUCUUUUUGUUCUAUGUAGUGUAAAGGAAAAAAAGAAGAAUGAAAGGACUGUUCUGGUCUGCUCCCUCCUUUAUUUCUCUAUUUCAUUAAGGCCUGUUUUCCUUGUGUACCAGGGUAGGGGGUCAGUUAAUUCAGGAGAUAAAUGAAAGAGAGGAAAAGAAAGAACUCUAAUUAAAACAUACUAGUCCACUCCGCGUGUGCCAAAGAGCAGAGAAGAGUGGACUAUGAGAUAUGAUCAUAGAGAUUGCAGUGGGGGAGUGAGUUUGCUUGCUGUUGAGAGAUUCCUUGCACAGAUGUGUGAUUCUUUGUCUAUGACUCUGAUAGAAGAUAAUCUGAUAUGAUGAGUCCUUGGUUUGUAGUACCCCGUGUCUAUCCAUUUCUUACAGUAUUGCAGCACUUAUGAUCAAACCUAACGUCCCUAAUUAUCAGCAGCCAGGUCAGUGGUAUUGUGGAUUACAGUGUUAAAGCCUGUGUUCGUGCUCAAAGGGAUUUCUGAAAUGAUUGACUUUUUGACUGUGACCGUGUCACACUGUGUCCUGUGCAUGACAGUAAACAUUCUAAAAGGGACACAGGAUUGGGUCUCUAUCAGAGGGCAGGCUAUAUGUAGGCUGGCUAUACUUUACUUCUAUAGCCUUUUUACAUAAUGUGCCAACCUGAACCAUAGUGUGCUGGCUGGCUCUGAUAUUGUAUUUUAACAUGGUCCUUUCCAGCACAGUUCCAGCCACUAUGGUUGAUGCAUAACUAGGCCAGCGCAGUACAGCUUGGCUCAGCGCAGUACAGCUUGGCUCAGCGCAGUACAGCUUGGCUCAGCGCAGUACAGCUUGGCUCAGCGCAGUACAGCUUGGCUCAGCGCAGUACAGCUUGGCCCAGCUCAGUACAGCUUGGCUCAGCUCAGUACAGCUUGGCUCAGCGCAGUACAGCUUGGCUCAGCGCAGUACAGUAGUGUAAAAAGGGUAUGUUUUCAGGUGCUAUAAUGAUCGUUUUUCAUAUGUCAAUUAUCAUAAGGAUGGGUGGUCAUAGGGGAGUGGCUAUAUGGACACUCCUGGUGCCCAAAUUGCUGAUGUUUUUUGUGCAGUGAGAGUCGAGUGGAGUGUUGGAAGCCAUUUUGUAGAGUCGAGUGGAGUGUUGGAAGCCAUUUUGUAGAGUCGAGUGGAGUGUUGGAAGCCAUUUUGUAGAGUCGAGUGGAGUGUUGGAAGCCAUUUUGUAGAGUCGAGUGGUGACCAACGGAUCCAGUUCAGUCAUUUCAGACAGUCUUCCUGAUGUGCCGUUCCCAGCAAGCUAGUUUAAUGCUUGUGGCUAAAAACUUCAGCGAGAACUUGAAACUUGUCGGUCGAGGUUGGGACUUGGGAGUGUUCAGAAUCCUUUAGUUUUUGUCUAAUUAAUAAUUGUACAAAAUGUAACGUUAGAGGUUUAUGUCGUAGUAGUACAUUUUCGGUGAAAAUCACUAUUGACUACCCUAUCUACUUCCCUAUCCUUACUGCGUCAAGCCGUGAAGGACACGGCGCCCUGUGUCGCGUUGGCUUGAUGUGCAAACUCUCCCCAUUGAGCAGUGUAGCAUAACGGUGACAUCCAUCUAGAUGACUACCAACAUUACAAGUUAUUUUUCAUGUAGGCUGCUAUCCAACUCAAAAUAAAAUCAAGUGGGAUGGAACAAAUUGGAGAUGGUGACCAAAUCCAGAUGACCAAUACUACAAGUUAUUUCUCCCUUUCUAUUGCCAGUUUUAACUAGCGCCACGCUGCUGUUGCCAGCUAGCCAGCAUAAACUAGCUGGGAAGGGCCUAUCAGGACGACUGACUGAACCAAAUCCACACUCGACUCUCAGCUGCGCGACAUAUGUCUAUCACCUUUUAAGGUAUGACCCAGGUGCAGACAGUGUUGAAGAAACAAAAGUGUAUUAUUUAAACAGAGGCAGGCAAACGACAGGUCAAGGCAGGCAGAGGUCAAUAAUCCAGAGAGAGUGUAAGGCACCGGAACAGCAGACGGGCUCAUGGUCAGGUCAGGCAGAGGUCAAUAAUCCAGAGAGAGUGUAAGGCACCGGAACAGCAGACGGGCUCAUGGUCAGGUCAGGCAGAGGUCAAUAAUCCAGAGUAGAGUGUAAGGCACCGGAAUAGCAGACGGGCUCAUGGUCAAGGCAGGCAGAGGUCAAUAAUCCAGAGAGAGUGUAAGGCACCGGAACAGCAGACGGGCUCAUGGUCAGGUCAGGCAGAGGUCAAUAAUCCAGAGAGAGUGUAAGGCACCGG